GUAAAAAUUGCUGUUGAUGUUGAAAUAGUUCGCAAAUCCAACUGCCUCUGCACCACGUAAUCUUGGCCGCAAAGCAGAGCCAGACGAGAAAAUGUGCCUCGUUUCCUUCUAUUCUAUUCCUGUAAAAAGCCUUCCUCCUUGCCGCCUGCAAUUCACGUCAGCCGGCGUCACUGCGCGAUUCCCUCCACACUGGCGUGAACCUCACCGGCUUUCUCUCAGACACAAUGAAGCGAACUGAGUGCAGCACGCGCGCUGGGGCUACGCAUGGAUGGGUCUGUGUAUACCUUUAACUUAUUUUGCUGAGUUUUAUUUUAGUUUUUAUUUUCAAAAUCGGCACGCUCUGUUUAGCGAAACCGCUAAAUACAAGGCACGCUGUGUAGUUGGGUAGAAUUCGAUUUCACAAGCCUGAUCCGAACGGAAGGAUUUCCACCCAUUCCGUUGCGCCACAAACAAAAAAAAACAUGUCAAUGAAUGCGUAUUCGGACUAUUUCGCCGCUCAGUGCCUGGUGUCUAUAUCCAGUGGACCUGUACUGCAUCGCCCUACCCCGGUUACCACUGCUGCCCUGAGUCCCCCUCAGGGUCGUCCUUCAGGGGAUCCAGAGGGGUCGAGCGAGGACAGGGAGGUUCGGGACAUGCUGCAGGAAGGGGCCAAUAUAAUGACGGUGGCCGGAAUUCUUACGAAUCUUCACGGAAAGUUCCGACCCAUGUCGGCGUACUCCGAAAGCAGCAAUUCCUCGGUCGGAGACGGGGACAGUUUCUCUCUCGGGGAAAGCGGCUACACCACGCUGUCCGACUCAACGAACCCGACCCCCACCAUGACCCCCUCUUCCACGCCGACGCCGGGACAGCCCAAUCCCCCGAAACUGGGAGCAGGGCGCCCGAGGUCGGCAACGAAGCAACACUACUGUGCUUUCGACGGCUGUGACCGGGUCUACGGAAAAUCGUCUCACCUCAAGGCGCAUAUCAGAACUCACACAGGUGAGAGGCCCUUCCCCUGCACCUGGCCGGACUGCCAGAAGAAGUUUGCACGCUCGGACGAGCUGGCGCGCCACACGCGGACCCACACGGGGGAGAAGCACUUCCUGUGUCCGCUCUGCGACAAACGCUUCAUGCGCAGCGACCACCUGGUCAAGCACGCACGCCGACACCCCGACUACCACCCCUCCAUGAUCAGCCGCUAGGGUCCGCCAGGAGCGUCGCGCGACCCGUUUCCACACCGCAGGUCCCGGGAGGGUUAAAGGUUAAAGGUUAAAGGCGGUCCAGGGGUCAGAAAGUAAAAGUCCUUCCGUGUGUUUACUUCCACCCAUGUACCCUUAGUUCAUUACCUACUGGCUGCAGAGUUUUGCUGUUUCGCAAAUCCAGGUGGUUGGAGGAAAACACUGGGGAGGACUUUUACUUUCUGAACCUUGAUUUUACACAUGUGCUGGAAGGGGUAGUUUCAGCCGAAGGACAGCAUAUUCUCAAAUGAAGAAAACUUAAGGGACAUGAUUGCUGAAAAUUCAGUGCAACCAUAAUCCCAAAUCCUCUCAGUCAUUCCCCACAGUGAAAUUCAAUAGUGAAGUACAGUACUGUGCAAAAGUCUUUGGCACCUUAGAUCUGUUUUUUAUAAAUUUGAUCUUAGAUUUUUAUUUUAUCUUAGAUGUUCUGCAUUAGCAUCUCACUAGAAAAGAGCACAUUUGUGAUUUCCAAAAAAAAUGAAAUGUUACAGACAAAAUUCCUUAAAUGAAAUAACAUUAAGUUAUAGACCAGUUUUCGGAUAAAAACCUGAUCAUGGCUGUCUGGGAUUACCUGGAGCUCCAGAAGCAAAGCGGGCCAGCCAAAGUCUUCAGAAGAACUGUGGCAAGUUCCCCAAUAUGCUUGCACAACCUACCAGCCAAUUUUUGUAUAAAACUGCAGGACAGAGCACCUCAGACAAUUGAUGCAGUGUUAAAGGCAAAAGGUUUUGAUUUAGUUUUUUGACCAUUUACUUCUGUUUAUAGUAUUUUUUAAAUAUAUUUUGAAACUUUUCGUCUAAUUACUUUGGAAAGCAUCUUGGCUUUGCCGGAUCAUUCUACAUGUGCCUAACACUUUUGUGCAGUCCUGUCCGUAUUGGGGUCAGUGUCCUAUAGCUUAUUGCAGUGAGAAACCUCUGGCCUCUCUCUCUGUUCUCGGAAAGGCCUGAACCCUGAGAAUAUCAGGCUCCACAGCUGGGAGAGCAUCCUGUUUGCGCGGGCCAGAUUUCUGGGCGGUGGGGAGUCCCGCCAGAUCUUAAGUACGGAUGCAGGGAACAGGACGACCUCGUUACUCAAUCGUCCAGUCCCUUCCAGAUGUCCCACGCUACGGAGCCACACAUGGGCCAGACCCUUCAAGUACUCUUGUACGCCAGCAGAUUUGGAAAAAACUCUCCUUCGGAUCCGCGAGAAUUUCCAGCGAAACGCGCCGCCGAAACCAAAACUUGCAAUAACACGAAUCGAGAACUUUUGCCGCGAACGCUGGCGAUAAUAAAUGUUUCUCUUAGCAACGUCAGGUAAUGUGCAGGAACUGUACCGGUGUCAAGAGGGCUGGUACUACUUUUGAAUAAUUACUGUACAUGUUCUGCUGGGCAUACAGCUUGUUGCAGGUGUCGCAUAUAUCAUAGCUGUUUUUGUUUUAAGGAGUUUCCUAAGUGUAGCGCUAUUACCUCGUUUCUGGCAUCGACUGCUGCUGCUGCUGCUUGUUAUCAUACAUGCCUCGUUAUUAGUGUAUUUCGUAUAAGGGUCAAAGACACCUUAGAUGCAGAAAGGUUUAAGCGCGUUGAAGAAGCUUCACUGGCAUCGCUGUUGGCACGGUGGCAGCCUACCUGCCUGCUUGCAGUGUGUAUUCUCAGUUCCCAAACCCUCUGCAAUAACCAUGACUGCGUAAGGGCUUUUUUUUUUAGGGAUGUGUCACUCAUUGUUAUAGUCUGUUAGGAGUGAUUCAGAGUGUAUGCUUAGUGUAAUGCUGCUUUUCUGUGUGAGUGGGGGAGGGGGGGAAUUAUCUUUGGAACACUGCACAAAAAUGUCUGUCUUGAGUGUUUUAGUCUAACGAGACUUAAAAUCUCAUUAGAAUAUUAAACUAUUCGAUUGUUUUAAGUUUUUUGGUUUUCUUUCCCCAUUGGCAAAUCUUGAAAUGGGUAAAACUGUCUCGCCACGCUGGAAAUCUUUUUGUCUUAUUUAGCAAAAAAGUUAUAGAACUUUAAGAUUUUAAGUCUAUAUAUAAGACUAAAGUACUUAAAGACUAAUUUUUUUUGGUUUUUGCAGUGAAAUUUUGCCUUUCAGAGGCUGUACAGACUCAGGAUGGUUGCCUUUCUAUCACUGAACUCAACAGGACCUUCAGAAGCCUUAAGACGAAUCAUAAUUAUUUGCACUGUUAGCUUGCUCGACAUUGUCUACUGUCAAGUGACAAAGGGCACAUUAAAAUCGUGUACGUGCAAUAUAGCAGUUUUAUUAUACGUGUGUUGAUGCCCGUAUGGCUGUUAGUCUUAUAUCAUACACUUUUUUUUUAGUCAUAAGCAUGCUUCUGCAAAGUGUAUUCAUACGUACAUGCACACACUGCAAAUGUAAUACCUAUUAGCCAACCAGUAGACAUUGUGCACCACAGUAGUGUAAGUGUUUGAGGAAGUGAAAUGAAGGGCAGAAUAAUAAUAAUAAUCUACGGUUUCACUAUUUUUCUACUUUCUCUAGGCAUCUAUUUACUGUGUGUGAGGUGGUUCGCACAAAUCUUGCACGGAGAGCACAUUCCUACAGUUCGCAGAUCGUGCCACUAGGGGGCGAUACAGCCCUCAUAGUUGCAUAAUUUCACCACAGCUUUGUGCGUCGAAUUUGACCAACAUCACAUUUUCGAAUAAAUAUAGGAAUCGAGUUAUACGUCAGCUAGUAUAAAAACGUUCUUGUAAAGAAAACUAUUUUUAACGCUCGAGUCUUUACCAACGUCCUAUUGAAUUUCAUCCUCCUUUCACCUUCUUGGAACUCACACCACCCUCCUGAGAGGGUAAGUCAGGCAUAGAUCUGACAGGUGGGCAGAGUUAUGGGCGUUUUCAGAGUGUCCUCUGACUGGGAAAAUCUGUCAUUUGUAUUGUAGACUGUGUAUACAUCGCAUGUGGGGCGUGUAGCAUUUGGGACGGAUAUCUAAAAUCGUGUGUGGCUCAGACUGUUUUGCUUUUAUUUCGGAAGGUCAGGUUAAACAGUGUGUGACGGUGAGAAAAACAGACCGAGUAGUUCACUUUCGGGUAUCGAUUCAGUUUUAUUGUGUUUUCAAUUGACCCAGAUAGGCUUUGGGUGUGUAUUUCAGAUCUUCACGGAAGGUUCUGGCAACUUUCCAGCUUUGUAAUGGCUGGCACGAGGGCGUUUGGGGUUAAUGAUCCACAGCAAUAUAAAGCAGUAAAAUAUAUUUCGGGUAAACUCUGAAGUUUGGGGGCUUUUACAGCGACGUUUUUGCCCCCAGGUGUAGUUUGUAUUAAUAUUACUCAAUCAUUCUUCAAAAAUAAUGUUUAAUCUAAUUUUCGUGUGCUGAGUGCUGAAACUCUAUACAAUCUUAUUUAUGUUUAUAAUUGUGAAUAAGCACUAUGAAAAUGAAUCUGGAAACACAACAUCACUGUACAAACUUCACUUUGGAGUUACUGGAAAUGUAUUUAUUUGAUUUAGACCACAAAUUCCGGAAUGUCCCAAAAGUAAACAUCCUAAAGCCAGCUGGCCCCCAGAAACUGUAAAUAUCUAAAAUAUACUUCAGUUCACAUAGCAACUGUCUGGGCCAAUCAAAUACAUGCAGUAUAUCUGAAAUGAUAAAAGACAAACUGCAGAAAGUAAGCUUUAAUUUCAGGUUAAGUGGUACAUGUAGAGUUGUCAUUCUAGGCCAUGUUACGUAGAAGAAUCAAAUAAAUUGACCAUUCGUGCACAAUCAUAUAUUUUCAGAGAUAUUUUUUCCAUGAUUAAUGAGGAUUAAUGAAUUUUUAGACUGUAAAUAUCCACAAUAGCAUGUUGCAUAGACUUUAUUGGUGAACAUUCCCUCCUGCUGUCUGUUGUCAAAGACUUCAGAAGCUUUUCAUACGAGUGCUUAUGUCAGACCUAAGUCCAAUACUUAUGGCUGAGAAAUGUAGGGCCAUUUUCACAGACACAGAUUAAGUUUAGUCCUGGACUAAUUAGAGUUUUCUAUGGAGAAUCUCCAUUCAAAUUGAAUUUAGCCCAGGAUUAGGUUCAAUCUGUGUCGGUGAAAUGAGUCCUUAUGUUCCGGAUAUACUGCGUUUCCUAAUUAACUAAAUCACAUCCUUUUAAAAUAAAUUAUUUGUAAAAUCUUGUUUCUGCGGCACCAGAAGUCUUUACCAGUUUCAGGUCACACUUUCUGUUUCUCCUGUCAUGUAAUCCUGUGGUCCACCCUGUUAUUUGCUUUAAUAUGCAUUAAUUUAAUCAGAGAUAUACACAUACUGUGACCCAGGGAGAUGGGACAGAGGUGUUAUAAUCAGAUCUGACUUAUGAUCAGCACAAAGUAACGGGUUCUGCGAUGAUGUUAGAAUAUAUUGUACAGUUAUUAUGUCUGAUAUCACUCACUCAGAUGGCAUUUUCAGGGCUGAUAUUAUGCAGCACGUGGUCUUUGCCUAAGUGUGCAUGCAACCUCAUUAAUCCACAUUAACCCCAUAUCUGAAGCACCUAUCUCGCAUUAUCUAAAAGAGCAUUUGCUGUACAGUGGUACCUGAUCAACACUGAUUAAAAUAAUGUGUUUCUAUGAGAUGCAGUUUGCCUGGUACGAAAUCCAGCUAUGACCAGCUUGAAAUACCAGUGACCAGCUGUUUCAAAACCCAGCUUUAGCAGUUUUUUUCAGCAGGGAUUCAUUUUAAUUCCUUCUGUGGUUGCGUGUUGGAGGGGUGUAAGGCUGAUCACUUAUUCACUGUUGCAAGUUUCUUCUCUCAGGUUCAUAGAGUAUAAAAUGUUUUUGCUGAAAUUGUUCUUCGUGGAAAGCUCCUCUGUGUGAACGUGUUUUUCUUUUUUUUUUAUUCCUUCGAUUAAUUUAUUACAUCAUAUUAUUUGCGUGUUUACAAUAUCUCUUUUAUAGCUUAUUUUGCAGUUUGGAAUAAUUAUUUUUCUGUAUGCUUAAAAGAAAACUGACAGCGCUUUUAAAAUUUUUGACGUAAUAAUGAAAUAAAAUCAUUAAAAGCGCA